AUGUUCAAGCUGUCCCUUAUUAGUCUCGCAACCUCGGUCUCCAUAGGUCACGCUGAAUUCCUUCAUCCGUCACGGUCGACUCAGAAUUUGUUCACCACGUACCCGAACAUCGAUGCAUGUGUCGGCCUCCCAGUGCAAUAUUCUUGCGAGAACACAACGAUCUUAACGAAUUCAUGCUGCAAUGUCGUACAAGGCGGACUCGUGCUACAGACACAGUAUUGGAAUACCUAUACUGGUCUCGAGUCCCAGGGACAGCUGCUUCCACAGGGCAGUUGGGGCAUUCACGGCCUAUGGCCGGAUAACUGCGACAGCUCGUACGACCAGUACUGUGAUCUUAGCAGGCAGUAUGACCCUGCACCGUCACCGUCAACCUUGCCUGAUGGGACAGUUGUUCCUCCUUACCAAGGACCGAGCGUCAGAACAUUCAUCCAGGAUUUCGGUCGUUAUGACUUGCUGAAGUACAUGGAUACCUAUUGGGUCAACCAGGGCGCGCCUAAUGAGGACUUUUGGGCUCACGAGUUCUCAAAGCACGCUACUUGCACAUCUACGUUCGACGUUGCCUGUUACGAACCUGGAUACCAAGAACACAAGGAAGUCGUGAACUUCUAUGAGACAGUUACAAAGGUCUUCCAGAUGUAUCCUACUUACAAUAUACUCGCUGCUACCGGAAUUGUUCCUUCCAAUACAACAACAUAUACCCUCUCGCAGAUCACGAAUGCCCUUUACUCCCAAACUGGCGCUGUUCCAUAUCUUGGCUGUUUUGGCUCCUCUGGCACUAUUUUGGACGAGGUCUGGUAUUUCCACCAUGUCUUGGGCACGGAGCAAUAUGGUCAUUUCAAAACCCUCAACUCCACUACUCCGUCGAGCUGCGCAGAGACCGGAAUCUGGUAUUAUGAGCGGACUCCGACAUCCGAGCGUGUUGUUUCUUACUAG